AUGGCAAAAUCCUCCCGCCGAAAGACGCCCGCAUCAACUCCGGCCUCAUCAGGAGCUUCAACCCCAAGCUCCGCAUCUUCCGGCCCGAUGCCUCCUUUCACCAAAGUUCCCUCCAUUCUCGAGCCCUUUGUCAAACCGUUAUCCUCCGAAGAGGUAUACUUGGUCCACAUCGAUACAACAGGAACGGACCUUAAAUGGCAGACUUUUCUUGUGCCUUUGAUCAUGAAUAUCGUGGUCACCGUCGCGCUCGCGGUAAGAGUGUACUUUGGAAUCAGCACCUACCCCGCCCUCAUCAAGACCUUUCUCGGAUUCCAGAGCUCUCUUGCCGUAGAUGAGACCAAUACUUCAUGGAUACAUAUGGCACAGCUCAUACUGCGCCGGACAGGCACCCUCUUAAUCGACUACUUUCUCGUGACGCAGUUCCUGACCUGGCCCAGUAACUUCAUCUUCGGCCCCGCUUAUUGGCGCCGUGCUGUCGGAUUCCAGAAUCGAGAAGUCAUCGUUCGUCGUAGUCAUCACAGCUGGAGUAAGAAGCUCGAGCGGAACAAGUGGAUUCGCGACAACGAGGCCAUGCGCGAUAAAAUCGUGGCUGCUGUGACACCUGAACGCAUCGGUAAGACGGGAUUUCUGCUCGUUGAUGAGGACUGGAAUCUCGACUAUGCUGCCAUGGUCCGUGCUCAUGCCUUGAUCGGCCGAAUCACAAAGGGUGACGGUGUGCAGCUGAAUGAGUUCCGCACUGCGGUAUUGGUAUAUACCGAUGCCGAUGGAUGGUUGAUUUGGCGCGUCGGUGACGAGAACACUCCGGCUAACCAGCAGCGCUCCGCGCAGCGAGAUCAAAUUCUAGCGUGCAGAGAUAAACUUACUGCGAUGGGCAAGGAGGAACUUUUCUUCCGUUGGGUCGAGGUGGUACAGGCGGAGAGCUCCCAGCCUGGUGGCUUCACCCCGGAGAGGCAAAAAUCCGCUAUGCUUCAAGUGCAACAGAUGUUCAAUGAAGAGAAGGUCGAUUUUGACAGCUUCUGGGAAGACUUGGGUGGCAUGCAAGGCAUUGAAGGUCUGGACUGA